AUGGGAUGGACGUCAGCCCAAGCUCACUUCAUCAAUCCGCAGGCCGAGGCGAUGGUGGACGCAGGCAGCAAGCGCGCGCUGGACGACGCCGAGCCGCAGACCGACGCGGCAACAGCUGCAGCGGCGGACCAGGCGCCCGUGUGCGUCGGCUGCGGCAAGAGCGACGUCAAGUACCGCUGUCCGCGCUGCGAGCGCAUCACGUGCUCGCUGCAGUGCUGCGUGGGCCACAAGAACCAGGCGAGUGCAAAUGCUGCUGCUGUCGGUGGUGGUGGGUGUAUGUAUGUGUAUUUGCUGACGCUGUGUAUGUGGAUUCGGCUUGCUGGACGACAGUUCGACUGCAAUGGCAAGCGCGACCGCACCAAGUAUGUGGCGCUCAAGAAGUUCACGGACGCAGAUCUCUCCAGUGACUUCUUCUUCCUGGAGGAGGUUUUUCGCUCGACGAACAGCGCCGCGCGGUCUCGAAGCACGCUGAACGCCAACGCGCGGUGCUACACGAGCAACAAGAAGCGCAAAGUGGCGGCUACACAGAGCAACGCAGGAGGGCCAUCGGGCUCUAUCAACCCCGAUAUUCCUGCUGACUGGUUAGCGCGCUUCCCCAUUGCCGUGCAGCUCUUUGCUGAGCACUCGGCCAAGCGCGGCGUUGCGUUGACACUGCUCGCCCCGGGCAUGAGCAAGCGGGCCCGCAACUCAUCCUACAUGGACAUGAAGAAGAACACUCUUUACUGGCGAGUCGAAUGGACGUUCCCGAGUGCUGAAGUGCCAGUGAGUCAUUCGGAGGAGCGCGCAAGUGAAAAGGACACGCUCUUCGCCAUGCUCAGCAAAUACUUUACCCCCUGUCAGGAAAAUGUUGCUAUCCGCGGGAAGCUGAAAAAAUAUGCCGUGGUCGACUGGGAGAAGCAUAUAUUGCUGCUCCUUCGGAAAGAGUUCACCCCAGCAUCCCAGCCGCAGUACUACCGCUUGGACGGCAACCAAUGCCUCGAGAGCAACUUGAAGCGGAAGGCCGUGAUCGAGUUUCCUGUGAUCACGGUUGCACUGGCUGCCGACGCCGACCAGUACCCCGUUGCGCACGAUGCGAUCGAGACGAUCUCGUCGGAGGUAGCUGCAGUUGAGUCGUCAUUGCCAGCGUCCGAACCGUCCGAGCCUGAACCGAUGGAGGUGGAAGAAGAGGAGUCAUCCAGCGGCGACGAUACGUCCUCAGAGCUGCUGACGGGCGAAGGCAUGGGCGCCACAGCCAAGCUCUUCUCCAUCUCGGAAGAGGAACUCGACCCAGUUCAGGCCCCAGCGCAGCCGAAAAGCGUGCUGAUCGAGGAGCUCGAAGUCACCGCCCACUAG